GUACUUCGAUUGGCCGUAGAUAGCGUCGGUAGGAAAGGGAAGGGUGCCCAUUGGCUGAAAGCUGUGUUGUUUCUUUGCAGCCCUGGUCUAUGCUUAAGGAAGCUGGGUGGAGAGGAGCUGCUCUCGGGCACUGGGCAAGAAAUAAGGAGCUUAUCGUUCUAAGGGCAUCCGCAUAGCGCGAGUGGUGUGCAGCGAGGGCCAAAAUAAAUUUAUAUUAAACAGACAGUAAGGAAGACGCUCGCCUGGCGGGGGGGAUGUGAAAUGCAUGCACAGUAUCGGGUGGCGAGGGAAAGGAAGUGGGAAUCCCUUUUUCAAAAUGGCUGCGCCAUUGAAGAAAACGGAUAGAAAGUUUGCAGUGGAAUAUCUCCAGCUGCAAAGAUAUUUUACAGCAUUUCAGAAAUGAUAAAAUCUACAGGAUGAGGCACAAGUAAACAUGCUUCCACACAUGACAUUAAGCUGCUUUCAAAUCUGAAACUCCUUAUGGCUAUGUAUGAUGAAGACAUUUUGAACAAUCCCUUUUAUUUAGCUAUUCAGAAACAGAGACCUGAUUUAAUUGAUAAAGUUGCAGAGGCACAUGGAAUUGUCCUGGUUCCAUGCAAGGGCAGUGUUUCCAACAUCUUGAAUUCUACAUGUCCUUUUGAUUCGUAUAUUUUAAAGCCCACAGAAGGGGGGUUUGAGACAGAAAAUGGAAAGGAGAUCUUUAUUCAAGGAAACCUGGUUAAACUGGGUUCAGGUUUUGCCUACCACCUCACCAUUCCAAUUCUUUUUGAGGAGACUUUCUACAAUGAAAAAGAGGAAAGCUAUAACAUUUUGUGUAUUGCGCGUUCAUUAGAAAAAGAGGAAAAUUCAGAAGAACACUCAACGCCCUCAAAAUUUUGCACUCUGAAAAAUAUAGAAGAUGUUAAAGAAUUUUUAGGAAAGCACGCUGAGAAGUUUGACAAAAGUAUUGCAUCUUUCCGAAGCACAUUUAAAGUUGAAAGGAAAAGCCUUCGCCAUUACAUUGACUCUGUAAAUGCCCUGUACACAAAAUGUCUUCAGCAUUUACUGCGAGACUCACACUUGAGAGCAAUAGCAAAGCAAGAAACGCAAAUGAGCUUGAUGAAACAGGCAGUGGAGAUGUAUGUACAUCAUGGGAUUUAUGAUCUAAUUUUCAAACAAGUUGGAACAAUUGAAGCAAGUGAGGAUGCAGCAUUUAACAAGAUUACAAGAAGCCUUCAGGAUCUCCAGCAAAAGGAUAUUGGUGUAAAGACGGAGUUCAGCCUUAACAUACCCAGCGCAAAGCGUGUUCUAUGCCAGUUGAACAAAUGCACGUCCCCCCAGCAAAAACUUUUAUGCUUGCGGAAGGUGGUACAGACUAUCAUGCAUUCUUCUAGUCAAAGGGUGAACAUGGAGACAAUGUGUGCUGAUGACCUUCUGUCGGUGUUGCUGUACUUGUUAGUAAAAACAGAGAUACCCAACUGGAUGGCAAAUUUAAGCUACAUAAAGAAUUUUCGUUUUUGCAACUCAACAAAAGAUGAGUUGGGAUACUGCCUAACCUCUGUGGAAGCAGCAAUUGAGUUUAUCCGUCAAGGAAAUUUAACAGAAACAGCAACAGCAGAAACUGAAGGAAAUGAUAAGCCAUUUUUAUGGCAAAGAAUGAACUUAAUGUACAGAGCCUCUUCUACUCCUAUUGAUUGCUUAUUCAAGCACAUUGCUGCAGGAAAUCAAAAAGAAGUAGAGAAGUUACUGAGCCAAGGUGACAGUGAUGAAGAAAUUGUGCAAAAAAUGUGCCACCCACUCUGCUCAUGUGACAACUGUGAAAAGCUGGUCUCUGGGAAACUAAAUGAUACUUCAAUUGUUACCCCAUUCUCAAGAGAUGAUCGAGGUUAUACUCCCCUCCAUAUCGCAGCACUUUAUGGUCAGGCUCAGUGUGUUGACUUACUGAUAUCUAAAGGAGCUGUAGUAAAUGCCACAGACUACCUUGGUUCAACACCACUUCAUCUUUCGUGCCAGAAAGGCCACCAGAAGAUUGCACUUCUGCUGUUGCAUUUUAAGGCAUCCAGUGACAUACAAGACAAUAACGGCAACACUCCACUACAUUUAGCUUGUACAUAUGGACAUGAAGAUUGUGUGAAAGCUUUAGUCUAUUAUGAUUUAAACUCCUGUAAAAUUGAUACUGUUAAUGAGAAGGGAGAUACCCCUCUCCACAUAGCUGCUCGAUGGGGCUACCAAGGAAUUAUUGAGGUCCUGUUAGAGAAUGGAGCUAAUACUGACAUACAGAACAAGAGAAAGGAAACUCCUAUGCAGUGUGCUUUAAAUGAAAAGAUCCUCACACUCAUGGAAACAGUCUAUGUUACAAAUGACCGGAGACAGAGUAUCUCCGAGUCAUUGAGCAAAUCCCUUCAGUCUGAAGAUGCAAUCAGUGAAUCCUCACAAUCCAGUUUGUCGUCUGCAUCACCUGACACCAGACCAGAAGAUGUGAAAAGCAAAUACAAAGAGGUUGAAAAACUUCUUAGAGCUGUUUCUGAUGGUGAUCUGGAGAUGGUCCGUUACCUCUUGGAAUGGGUGGAUGAUGACUUUGAAGAAGAUGAUUCUCCAGUUGGGAACAGAGAAUUUUGCCAUCCAUUAUGCCAGUGUACCAAAUGUGGUCCUGCUCAGAAGAGACUAAGCAAGAUUCCACAGAAUGGGCUGAAUGUCAAUGUAACGAGCAGAGAUGGCUUCACUCCUCUGCACAUCUCUGCACUGCAAGGGCAUCUUGUUUUAGUGUGUCUCCUUUUAAAGCACGGUGCCAGUGUUGAUGUAAAGAAUGGUAAUCGUGCAUUACCUUUGCACUUGGCCUGCCAUAAAGGUCACCUUGAGGUGGUGAAGACUCUAAUGGAAUAUAGUACAGGGAAGAAUAAAAAAGACAUGAAUGGAAAUACGCCCUUAUUAUACGCAUGCAUGGGGGGCCAUCUGGAAAUUGCAUUAUUGUUGUUAGAGCAUGGCGCAUCUGUUAAUAUUCGCAAUGUAAAAGGGAACACCGCACUUCAUGAGGCAGUGAGGAGGAAUCACGAGGGUUUAGUGCAGCAGUUGCUCAUAUAUGGUGCACUAGUGGAUGCAAGGAACAAACGCCAAUAUACGCCUUUGGAUUAUGCUAAAGAGAAUUCUAGGAUUAAACAGCUUUUGCUGACAAGCGACAGGAUUGCUGGAGAUGGAUUUACUACAGAUGAACACACCAUCCGCAUCAGGAAAAAAUCAAGCACCUCCAGUCCUAGAGGAGAAGAGGGAGGACUUACACCAAUGCAACACGAGGUGGCUAAAUCAACAGGUUUGAAAAAAAUAAUACGGAGAGACAAAAGUAUGCCUAAUAUUGAUGAGGACCUACUGAAUAAGUUAUCAGUAAAGCAGAUAGAGGGCGGUAACUUAAAACAAAUCAGCAAUGAUAAAAUGAGCAGAAGCAGCGCUGAAGUUCAAGAAGCCCUGGAAGGUGAUGACCUGCCGUCCCCACUUAAAACAAAACUUUUUCUGAGAAGACAUAGCCUGAAUGUUGCUUGUUUAGCAGAUACACAAGAGGACUCUAGUGAGGCCACCGAUACCUUAAAUGGGACAGAUGCAAGUUCCCCCUUGUCUGAAACUUGCGACGUGGAUUUAGAACAUGAAGAUUGCCUAAACAACCAGGAGUUGUCUGAAAUGAAUUGGCAAAAGGAGCCCCUUUCUGCAUGGACUGCUGUUAAGGAACUACUAAAAACAGAUGAGUUUGACUGUUCUGGAAAAAAAGACUGUUCUUGUGUGGCUUGUACUUUGGCAUUAGAAUCUUCUAGGUCUGAUCAGUCCUGCUGUGUGAGCUCCGAACAGGACGGUUUUGAUACAGUCCCUCUCUAACUUUAUCUGCCUUAAGUACAAAGAACUAAACCAUAGGGCUAAGGUAAUCUACUGACCUUGCUGCUGUGAUUUGUUUACCCCCUUGUAGUUCAGGGAAUGGAGUGCAUCAAACUAACUGUGCCUAACCUAUGACUAUCCAGUUGCUGUUACUACAGCUCCUAACAGCCCUAUUGGCAGAGCUAGGAUUUGUAUCUAAACUAUAGCUGGAUAAUGACAGACUGGACAUUCUUGAUUAAGAGCUACUUUUUUUUUUGCCAAGUUAAGAUGUUUGCUAGUAAAGGCAUAUAGUUCCAAACAAUGACUUGCUGAUGUAAAAUUUGUGAUCACUUCUGUGUAAUUUGUCACUGUAUGUUGUGUGUGAGUUUCUAAGAUCAGCUGAAUGUGUUGCAUAUCAAACACUGUUUACUUAUGGAGUUAUUUGCACAGUUACUAAAGCAAGAAGCCACAAGCAUGACUGUUUAGAUUUAACAAGGUUUUUGUGGACUGGCAUCUUUGCUUAUGUCCAAAUCAGAAGUUCAAAGCACAGAAGAGUCCACUUUAGAAAGAAGUACAACUUUUGAAUAUUUAGACCUAUUUGACAAGACCAGUGUUCAUUAAUGAAGGAAAAGAUAUGUUUAGUUCUGCUUAUAUCUAGGUUUUAGAAAUGAAAUAAAAUGCAAACACAUACCUAGAAACAUACUCAAAGGAGUAUACAGCUUAUAUUUUUCUAAGUAAUUUAUCAUUUUGGUGGAUUUUCUAAAAUGCCUUUUACUUGUGCCAAAUACUAAAUCAUAAUAAACUACAUUCUGAAAUA